AUGUUGAAGUUUGCACGGAAUUUGGUGGUACUCAUCAUCAAACUGGGUCGCGAGUCGUUGCCACUUUGUUUGUUUGUUUUCUUUUCCUUUUUUUUGCGGUUUCAAAUUUACAAUUAUCAUAACAUGGAAGGUACAUGUCUCAUGGCUCACGCCACCAGUGUGAGAUGUGGCGACAACGAUGAUUUGUUAGUACCUACUGGGGAUCCACCGGCUCCGUAUCAAUCGCCCUCCGGUGGACGGAGUUACUACCCCACGAGGCUAUUUAAGCGUGGUACACAUUCGCUGCGGAAAGCCCCUGAUGAGAGGGAACACGCCCAAUUAGGUGCGCAUCACUGUGCGACUAUUAAUAGUAGGAAGAAAGUGGGCAUCAGCGGCCAGCAGAGGUCGCGUGGAGUUAGUGGCCACUUACGGUUGGGUGCCGCAGCUGCUCCUCUAUUGGGUCGGUACAGACCACAUGAGUCAGCUCAGAAAAAGAGUAACACCGAGACGUUUGCUGAACAACGCUCCUCUAGGUCUUACAGUGCUUUAGGUCAGUCGCGCGGUAGUUUGUCGCAAGACCAGGGGGUCUUUGGCAACGCUGAGGGAGCUUCACAUCGAGCCAUGGGGGAGAAUCGAGGAAAAUCUAACGACCUCCCUAACACGCCCACGGUUCUGAUGCCGAGGGCGGAACGGGGAUGCAUGCAACGCAAUGGUGGGAUUCCGACGGCGAGCAGCAAGGCGGCAAAGGGACCUGAUUCAUUUGCUGAUAACAAGCAGUUGGGAACGUAUACCAAAAGUGAGUAUGCGCCCCCCGCUUUGUCCUGUGCGGAUGCCGCCUGCAUUCAUGGACGUGAUGGAAUAUUAGACUACAUCAGCAUGUGUCAUAGACUCCGUGGGUGCCAUGACGAGCUCCGUAAUAAGGAUGCUGAGCUGGAUAAGUUGCGGCGAUAUUUGGCUUCUCUUGAGUCUGAGAACGCAGUCGUUAUUUCACGGCUUGAAGCAGAGAUUAAGAACAUGGUAAGACAACAUAAGAAAAAACUUGCUGAUGUCAACGAACGCCACGAGAGAAAAUUUGACAAGGUACUAUCCGAAAACUUGGCGUUUCAUGAGCGAGUUGUGAAAGAGGCUGAGAGUUUGAGAGCUGAGUUAAAUCAGGAAAGACUAGAGCACGCACGCACUCGGUGUGAGCUCCAAGAAACACAGCACCUCUCUAAUCUGUUCAAACAACAGCUAGAAUGCUUUCAGGUCACAGGGAUACCAGGCGAAGUGAGGCAAGCAAGUGGAAGUUUGGCCACGGAGGCUCAUAGAUGUCGCCCAUGUGCUGACAAGAAAACAUACUCUGCCGCAGUGGAGGCCCCGGCGCCAGCCUGGGAGGUAGGAGAGGAGCUUGUUGCUGAGGAAGACUGUAAGAUAGAUGCUGGUAUCGAUGAAUCCAACGGAAGGCAUUCACCUUUUGAAGGUCUUUUAUCAACUCAAACUUGUGGUGUGCCCUUGGGCAAUGAUGCAGAAGCACUAAACCUGCAUGAGGGCACAUCUGCCGACGUUAGUGUUCCAUCCUUUAACUGUUCGGCGGUAUUUGAGUUAGGUGGUUCCGAGGGACCUUCAUUCACGAGUGUGAUUAAAGAAGGCGUGAUACCCGAUAGGGUGGAGAUUCUUGUUGGGACCAGAAACCCUAUUAAAAGGGACAUCAUCGAAGCUGAAGAAUUGCCGCCCACCGAGAAGGUGCCACCGCCGGCUGACCAGCAAGGUGGCGCCGGAAAUGCUUUGUUCGAUAAACAGGGGAAGCCGACGGUGAAUCCUUUUUUAUUGUGCAAUCGGGCGGCAGUGGAGGAACGUUACCGUCCCGUUGACGGUAUGCGCCGUCCUUCUGCUCAUCUCUUCGAUGAAUUUGUGGGACGGGAGGCGGUUCUGUGCAAGGAGUUGAUGCGCGCUCUUCUUGAAAAGGAGAAGCACGUUGCGGAACUGAAAUCAGCAGGUAUAGCGUCACCAUAG